AUGGCGGCCGAGAACCUCACUCCAGCUCUGACCCGUAUGAUGCUGUCGGGCGACUUCAGUGAUCUGAAGUUUACUUGCAAAGGGAAGGACUUCAAAGUCCACAAGGCUAUUGUCUGCGCCCAGUCGCCGGUCAUAAAAGCUGCCGUCCAAGGGGGCUUUGAGGAAUCACACAAAUACGUCAUCAACAUGGACAAGUUCCAUACCGAAACCGUCAAGCAGCUGGUAAAGUUUAUGUACUCUGGCGAUUACGACGCCUCCGAGCAUCUGCAUGAAGCUCCUAUGCCAGACGGUGCUGCAGACAGGGCUUCGGAGACUGACAGCACAGUAACUAAUGCUUCGCCAAAUGGGAAAAAUCCCGACUCGUUUGCUCAAUUUGAGCCGUCGCUGCCGACAGCCGCCACUGCCGCGUCCCUCAUUCAUCACGUUCAUGUCAACUGCAUCGGCGACUACUACGCAAUCGAUGCCCUUGUGUCGCUGGCGGACUCGAAGAUCAAACGGAUUAUUGAUCUACAGGGCAAAGACAAGACUUGGGUUUCAAGUCUUCCUACAAUGACCCAAGAAGCACUGGAGUGGACGGGAGACAACGAGCUGCUGGAGAUCCUAGCGUCAGCGACUGCGGAAAACAUUUCGGCUCUCGUUGGCACGUACGAGUUCAAGAGUCUCAAGCCCAUCACGGAUUUUUCGCUCAAGGUGUUGAGAUACUGCGAUGAAAAGAUCCGGGGCCUAGGUGAGGAAUUGCAGCAAACUAAGCUUCAAGUUCAGAGUCUCGAAUCGCGCUUGGCCAUCGAGGCUUCUGCAUACCAGGUGAUGACGAUGGAAAAGAGCGCCGAGAAAUCCGCGUUCGACCGGUGCCUUCAAACCUUGCGAAAGACAAGACGUUGCAGAAACGUGAACUGCGACUCUGUGUUCGGGUGCUAUAUCGAUCCAGAGGAGCGUGUCCUUCGUUGCCAGGGGUGCAAGUGCAAGCACAAAGAUUGA